AUGAGGAACUGCAUUGUAUUUGAAGACGCAUACGACUAUGAUGACGACGCAUCCGAUCAUGGUGACGACGCAUGCGACUAUGGUGACGACGCAUCCGACUAUUCCACCAACACUCCUUUGGCGUACUGCUGCCUAGCAAUGCCACCUGCUGCAGCCUAG